AGCAGCUGGAGAGAUGCAAAAGGAGACCAGGAGCGAGCGGUGUGGAGCAAUCUCGAGAAACACAUUUCCUUUCUAACCACACCCUUCUAUCAUCAGUAAGGGUGGAGGAGGAAGGAAAAAGGCGUCUCUCUUGCCGUUGGUCCCGGAAUCUCGUGUUCUCCGUGCCGAGAAUCCCGACAUGGAUUUGGAGAGCAAAAUCAAGAAGAUGGGCUUAGGACAUGAAGAAGGAUUUGGAGCCCCAUGUUUAAAAUGUAAAGAUAAAUGUGAAGGAUUUGAGCUACACUUCUGGAGAAAAAUAUGUCGAAAUUGCAAGUGUGGGCAAGAGGAACAUGAUGUUCUCACCAGUAAUGAAGAUGACCGCAAAGUGGGAAAGCUCUUUGAGGAUACAAAGUAUACAACUCUAAUUGCAAAGCUGAAAUCAGAUGGUAUCCCCAUGUAUAAGCGUAAUGUAAUGAUACUGACUAAUCCCAUGACAGCCAAGAAGAAUGUGUCCAUCAAUACAGUAACUUACGAAUGGGCACCUCCUGUUCAGAAUCAAACCUUGGCGAGGCACUAUAUGCAGAUGCUUCCAAAGGAGAAGCAGCCCGUGGCUGGCUCGGAAGGGGCUCAGUACCGCAAGAAACAGUUGGCCAAGCAGCUGCCUGCUCAUGAUCAGGACCCUUCCAAAUGCCAUGAGCUAACACCUAAUGAGGUGAAGCAGAUGGAGCAAUUUGUGAAGAAAUACAAGACCGAGGCGCUGGGUGUGGGUGAUGUCAAGCUUCCCAGUGAAGUGGAAGGGAAAGCCGAAGAAAAGAAUGUCCUGAGUAAUGGCAAGAAGGGAACCUCCGCUACUGUAGGAGCCAUGGAAGACAAACAGGCUGGUCAGAAAGGAACUCAAUAUUUCUGUUUCUGGUGCAAUCAAAAUAUGAAAGAAGGUGAUCCAGCUGUGUAUGCUGAGCGGGCUGGAUAUGACAAACUCUGGCAUCCUGCUUGCUUUGUCUGCUGCACCUGCAGUGAACUCCUGGUAGAUAUGAUCUAUUUCUGGAAAAAUGGGAAACUCUAUUGUGGCCGACACUACUGUGACAGUGAAAAACCUCGCUGUGCUGGAUGUGAUGAGCUUAUUUUCAACAAUGAGUAUACACAAGCUGAAGGUCAAAACUGGCAUCUGAAGCAUUUCUGCUGCUUUGAUUGCGACUGUGUCUUGGCUGGAGAAAUCUAUGUCAUGGUUAAUGAAAAGCCCAUCUGCAAACCCUGUUAUGUGAAGAAUCAUGCUGUGGUUUGCCAAGGCUGCCACAAUGCUAUUGACCCUGAAGUUCAACGUGUAAGUUACAACAACUUCAACUGGCAUGCUACCACAGAGUGCUUUCUGUGCUCCUGUUGCAGCAAGUGUCUGAUUGGCCAGAAGUUCAUGCCAGUAGAAGGAAUGGUUUUCUGCUCAGUGGAGUGCAAGAAAAAGAUGAUGUCCUAAUGGGACGGAAACCAAACUGUGAAACCAAGUUUUGCCUUAUUUCAAAGUCCUCUGCAUGUCUACUGUAUUGGGGGAUUUUUAACAAAAUCAAAAUUAUUAAAUGGCAGAAUCCAAAGAUUUUUGUAUUACUAACUUGAUUGCUUAUGACUUUAGUUCUUAGGCAUUUCUCAGUGCUCUUGAUUUCUUGUUGCAGGAUGUUUCUCAAGAUAGGGGCUUCAAUGUAGUCAUACCCUUCAAAAAUGUUCUAUAAAAGGAUAUAGUACCUCAGGCCAUUAACACUGGGCGGCAUUUUCCAUUAUGAAUAGUUGUUGGCCAUGAGAAUGAAUCCUGAUGAGAGUUGUGAUGAGGAAGACCAUUGGCUUUGUACUCUUGUCCUAUAGUCCUUAGGUUUUUCUCUAUAUUUGACAUUAUACAGAUUCUUCAGUAACAAAAUAUUGAUUGGGUAUGUUAUAAACCUUAUACCUUAUACUGGCAUUUUCCAACCUAAUGCAUUCAAAUGUGCUUUGUUAUAAUUCCCACACUUGCCAGAUAAUAAAAUACACCAAUAGUGUA